CGCGAGACGCUACCCCGCAUAUUAUGGUCGCUUGUAUGCUUUGAGUCUGGAACGUGAAGCUGGAGCUUGAGAUUGCCAUGAGUACCACACACGGGGCGACGGAAGCUAGCUUGCUGCAGAGACAUAAAAUGAAAGACAAAGAACCACAGUAAAUCUGCGAACGGGGCAAGAAAAAUCAUACUCUAAUACUCGAAUAAAACAUACUUCACCAUGGGCGAUACUAAAAUUGUGACCUGUCCGAUGUCACACCACAAGAUUGCGAAUAUCCACAAUGGGAAGGUUCCCAGUGGUACUGUCAAGGCUGGAGGCCAGAACAAGCCCGCACCGGGCAAGUAUAUUAAAUGGGAUGCCGAAGGAGUGGAGGUCAUUCAGCCUGGCGAACAAGAGAAGAUCAAGGAGGUCUCGGACCAGUUCAACCGCUUCCAGAUGAUGAACUUCAACGAGCAUAUGCACUGCUUGCGAGGCACACAUCUGAAGACACAGGGUUGCGUCAUGGGCAAGUUCGUUGUCCAUGAUAAUCUUCCAGAGCACCUUGCACAAGGCAUGUUCAAGAAGCCCGGUUCCUACGAUGUCAUCAUGCGCUACUCGUCUCUUACACCAAAGAUCGUUCCUGAUAAUGCACCUGCGCCUCGUGGUAUCGGUAUGAAGAUCUUCGGUAUUGAAGGAGAGAAGAUCUGGGGCGAAGACAAGAAGACGCAGGACUGGACGUUCAAUAACUACCCCGUUCUGGAGCUCCGCGACCCACAGACGACAUACGACAUCGCCGACGCUCUAGAGCGCAAUUGGAAUGAUAUCCCGAAAUUCGCAGAAGAGCAGUCGAAGCGCGUAGACGCCGAUGUUGCAACACUGGGCGGCGGGCUGCCUCGACAACACAUGUACGCCAUGCCCGAAUACUCGCAAUCCGCGUACCGUCACGGCAAAUACGUAGCCAAGUAUGGUGUCUUCCCGCUCUCGCAGGAGCAGCUCGAUCGAGUCGACACGGACAUUCAAGACUCAGACCCCAUCAACAUCAUCUCGCAGGAGAACCGGCGCUUCCACAUGGCGAACAAAGUGACCUACUCAUUCUGCGCGCAGCUGCUGCAAGACUUGGAGGAGCAGCCUGUCGACGACAUCGGCAUCGAGUGGGACGCGAAGAAGUACCCCUUCGAGCCCGUCGCGACGCUUGAGUUUGAGCCACAGGACAGCUGGUUGCCCGAGUUCCGCGCCUGGUGGGACGACCGAAUGACCGUGAACAGCUGGCAUGGGCUGAAGGAGCACCAGCCGCUGGGCAGCACGAAUAGGAUGCGCAGGGUCGUGUAUGCUGAGAGCAGGAAGCUGAGGCUCAGGGUGAAUGGGUACAGGGACUAUGUUGAGCCAGGAAGUAUUCAGGAGGUUCCUGCUCCCCUGCCAGCGCCACAGCUACCGUUGAGACAUCAGCCUGCUGUGACGACUGUUGAGGUUUAGGGGUGAUUAUCUUACAGGGCUAAUAUCUGAGGUCAAUGAGAUCGAAUCGCUGCUGUGUCUCUCAAGCGUAGGUAAUCAGGGUUUCAUUGUGGUGAAUUGCAACUAAUCGUCAAAUUGACGUCAUCAUAAGAUGUACAGCAGCCGUAACCAGCAUCGAGCUCUCAGUUGAAUCUUUUUGGGAAUUUGCACGCUGGUCUGGUUGUACAUAGCCGGGUCAACCCCAUUUACAAUCGUGUACCUCUCGUGGAAGGUACUCUGAAGCGACAACGAAAGGCGCCAGCUCCUUGGCACGUGCGGCAAUAAGCAGCCGAUACUGAACAGAAGUGAACCAAGAACUGUGUAUUUCCGGAUGAAAACAAUAGAACUCCUUAU